CGAGGCCGGAACCACGAUGGGUGUGCCGCACAUAACCUCCUUCUGCUGGUGCAUGGGCCUCGAGCUCGGCUCCCGAUGCAUCGGGUUCCUGCAUCUGAUAGUAUCCCUAGUCCUGAUGGUGCUAUGCUCGGUGUUCGCGGAGAACCUCCGCUCGUACGUGGGCACGGUGGAGGACGCGGGUGACGCGCUGUACUCCACGUGGUACAAGAUCGCGGUCAGCGUCGCCGUCGUCACCGUCGUGCAUGUGUUGCUCGCGCUCACACUCAUCUACUCCGUACAUAAGCGCUGGGUGGCGGGCGUCCGCGCGUGGCUGGUGGUGAUGGUCCUGCUGUGGGCGGCGGCGCUGCUGGCGCUGGCGGCGCUGGCGGCGCUGCGCGGGCUGUCCGGCAGCGGCUCCGACAUCUUCCUGUCCUUCCUCGAGGGGGUGCUGUUCUUUGGCGCGGUAGCGUACUGCAUCCUGUGCGUGUACAGCUACUACCUGAUGCUGAAGAGCGCCGAGGAUAUGGAGGGCCCCAAGACCAUGUACUAAAUAAAGUCAGGACAUCAAUAUAAAUGCGGGUACGGAGCUUAUGGCGUUUUUCGAAUUGUUGUUUUGAGUUUACAGUUGACAGCGCCAUCUAGCGACUAGAUUGUGAAACAGAAUAUGAAGGUUUAUGUUCACUAGUGCAGGAAAUAAUUUGGAUGGUUUUAACAAGUUGUCUUGGCACGGCAGUCCUGCCCACAGGAAACCACAAUAGGAUUUGCUAACGUAUUUAUUAUUUUUUAAAUAUACUAUCAGUGGCUAUAUGGUUUAAGAUAUGUGCCCAUUUCUAUGAAAGAUUGGAUAGUCUUGUCUAAAAGAUUCUAAGUAAACUAGUGCCGUGAAGUAAAGCCAUCUAGAGAUAAGCCCACCUUAAUACAUACCUCAGAAGCAGUGAGCUUCUAUUAGGUCAGUACGUAUAUUACUAAGACCUUUUUUUAAGAUGCAUACAUUUUUUCAAUGGAAAAUAAGUAAUCAUAAAAAUGCGUUCGAACGAAAUUAAUAAUUUUCUUACUGCGCUUUUAAAAAUACAAACCAGAAGAAAUGAUUGAAGCUUCAUAAUUAUGUUAAAAGCGCACAUUGGCGUUUAAUUUAGAAUUCACUGUAUGAAUUUGUUUAAGUAAUUAUAUGUUUAAUGUAAUGUGUUAAGUGUUGUAGUGUCUAAGUGAACCUGUUGCAUAUAGAAAAGUUAAGAGGAUGCGAGUAAAAUAAGUCCUGAUUUGUUAAUUUAUCAUUUUCAAAUACCACCAUAUUGUCUUGAAGUAAUACUGUUGAUGUUGUGGACGCGAGAUGGCGCUGUUCGCCGCUUCCACAACAGUUUUUUUUAAACGAUCUACUCGGGAAUUUAAUCCUUGUAUUGUGGUUUCACAAGCACAAAUACACCCAGACUCAGGACAAGCAUUCGUGGAUCGCACAGUCGCUUGUCCUAGGCGGGGAUCGGACACGAGACACUUUGCGCAGUGGGUUUAGCGUGGUAAUCUGAACCACUCUAAAGUAGUGGUAGGAUCCUUGUAAAUAUAAUAAUCUAAACAAGAAAACAUAUAACCAGUCUUCUCUUUUCCUCUCGUGUAAAAGGUAUUUUCUGUACAGAGUAAAACCAGGUAUUGAUUGGGGAAUUUUCUUCUAUUCUUUCUAUUCACUUAUGUAAUAAUACAACAAUGCAUUUAAUUAUAUGCAGCGGGUUUAGGUUAAGUAAACGUAAGCAUUUAAAUGUUUUGUAUUUUAGCGCUGAAAUGUUCUACUGUAGUGCCUGCUAUAUACGCGUAUUGUUAUGACAAUUGUUAGUAAACAUCUUGAAUAUAACGUAUAUUAUAUAUGAUAAUCUAAGAAAUCAGAAACAUGUUGAAAAUUGUAUUUCUAGUCAAAAAAACAAAAUAAGUACACUCGAAAACGUUACCCUCCUUUCGAUGCAGUUGGGUAAUAAAAGAACAAAUGAUUUUUUUUAUUUUUAUAUGAUUAUUCCAACGUCUGUUACGUAAAUUUUACAGUAAAGUUAAUGAACUUGUGCGAUGUAUGUUUAUAAAUAUUUUAUGAUAGUAUAACAUGUUAUUUGAGUAUUAAAACGAGUCUCAUUGUAAUUAUUGCCAAUUGUAAGCCUUAGACUGUUCGGAAACUCGUCUCAAAACUUUUUGAUAUUUUUACAUUUAUUUUUGAGUCUGUGUCGGUUAUGCUGUCAAAGAUAUAGGAUGCCAAUGGUUUUGUUUCUGAUGUGGAGGACAAACUUAGAUCUGUCGCCCGAAGUAAGGAUGUAACUAGCGCCAUCUAGUAGACUAUUUAGUUAAAUGGGGCAAAUACCUCUGAAUCAUUUCAUUAAAGCAAGUUACAUUGUGACAGACCUUUCAUAUAUUCCGAUGAAGCAGUUAAACCUUACGUACCGACUAACUUUAUAGAUUUGUAGAAAAAUAACCUAUAGCAUUACCCAACACAGACGAAAAAUAAUUUUGAUUACUUUUACUUAAAAUGUAGUUAGUAAUGUUAAAAUGUGAAUUUUAAUUCGAAUUCGUCUAAAAAGUGUCUUAAUGAAAAAGAUAUUCCUUAUAAAGAGUUCUUCCUUAUAUUGUGAAUGUUUCUUCAAAGUGCCAAGAGAUGUCGCUAGCUGUAACAAGCUGCGAUUAUUAUGAAACAUUUACUUAAAAUUAUACAGUGAUUGUAACAAAAAUAUUCAUGCAUGAUCAAAGAUAUUUACACGAAGAAAUUAUUUAACAAAACUGAAUAAAUUGAUAUGAUAUUGGUGCCUAAAUGAAUAUUUUGUAAGAGACGAAAACACUGCUUACCUAUUUGGGGUAUAGGUGUGAUGUUAUGAAUACUAAUACUUUGAUAAACUACUUAUUCUUAUUAAGUGUAUACCUGAGAUAGAUGUUGAAUACUUAUAUUGAAACAAAGACAGCUGUUUAUUGUAUUUGCUAUUAUAUGGCUUUGUUUUGCGAAA